AUGGGCUGUGCUCCUAAUGCUUCACAUUCUCCAGUCUUCCUCCUCGUUGGGCUCUCAAGAGCUAGAGUCCCCCACAGUCUCCUUUUCCUUCUGUUCCUGACUAUUUACCUGAGCACCAUAGUGGGCAAUGUGACUCUGGUACUGCUCAUCUCCUGGGACUCCAGGCUCCAAUCUCCUAUGUACUAUUUGCUCCGUGGGCUGUCUGUGAUAGACAUGGGACUCUCCACAGUCACCUUGCCCCAGUUAUUGUCCCAUCUGGUCUCUGAUUACCCAACCAUUCCUGCUGCCCGCUGUUUGGCCCAGUUCUUUUUCUUCUAUGCGUUUGGAGUUACAGAUACACUUGUCAUUGCCGUCAUGGCUCUAGAUCGCUAUGUUGCCAUCUGUGACCCUCUUCAUUAUGCUUUGGUGAUGAAUCGGCGACUCUGUGCCCGCCUACUGGCCUUCAGCUGGGUGGUGUCCAUACUUCACACGAUGCUACAUGUGGGACUCCUUCUGCCCCACCAAUGGGUCGGGGAUGCUGGGGGUCACGUUAACCUUCCGCACUUCUUCUGUGACCACAGACCACUUCUGCGAGCCUCUUGCUCAGACACGCGUUCCAAUGAAAUGGCCAUAUUCUUUGAGGGCGGUUUCCUCAUGCUGGGGCCCUGUACCCUCAUUGUACUUUCCUACGUCCGUAUUGGGGCCACCAUCCUACGUUUGCCUUCAGCUGCUGGUCGUCGACGUGCUGUCUCCACGUGUGGAUCUCAUCUCACUAUGGUGGGCUUCCUCUAUGGUACCAUCAUCUGGGUCUACUUCCAGCCUCCUUCCCAGAACUCCCAGGAUCAGGACAUGGUAGCUGCAAUUAUGUACACAGCAAUCACACCCUUGGCCAACCCGUUUGUGUACAGUCUCCGCAAUAAGGAUGUCAAAGGUGCACUCUGCAAAUUGCUUGGUCGUGGCAGGGUUGGCUCUUGA